AUGUAUAACAGCGAGCACCGGGACCUACAAAGGGAAACACUUCUGGAGCAGUUUGAUUACAUUGCCACCUAUGCCAUGAAUAUUACGCAAUACAUCAGUAAUAAGACAUACCAUUACCAGCAACACGCCCAACAGUUUGGGGAUUUAUCUAUUACGGAGUUACCUGUCUCACAGUUUCUAGGUCCUGAUAAUGUAGAUGAAAAUGUAUUCGAUGAGAUCAAGUAUGAAUAUCAAAAUAAUGUGGCAACAGAUGGGGUACAUAUCAGAGAUCGUGAACUAUAUUUAGCGCAAAAACGUGUUGACUCUGCAGGGAAUGUAAACGAGAAGUUACGUUAUGCACACGAAUUGCAACGACUAUUAGAUGAGAGGCAUAUGAUUGACAAACAAUUGGAUGAAUACGUGAAUAGUAUUCAACACUUAAUGCCAAACAUCGCAACCAAUUCUAUACUCCAUACGAAACAAGAGCUCAAUAAUAGACACUGUUAUCGACAACUGGUCGACACUUUCCACCAAAAUUGCUAUAUUUUAUCACAAAAUCCAUACGUGUUGUCAAAACUGCAUAUAUUUGUGAAUAUUUGCGAACAAAUGCGUGACUCGAGUGAUGCGGACAUUGCUACAUACUCGCAAAACUAUUUAUAUUUUGUGGCC